AUGGCAGAAGCAGAUGAUAUUCAGCCUCUUGUAUGUGACAAUGGGACAGGAAUGGUCAAGGCUGGGUUUGCUGGAGAUGAUGCUCCACGGGCUGUCUUCCCUAGCAUUGUUGGUCGACCUCGCCACACUGGCGUAAUGGUUGGUAUGGGUCAAAAAGAUGCCUAUGUUGGGGAUGAGGCUCAAUCCAAGCGAGGUAUUUUGACUUUGAAAUACCCAAUUGAACAUGGAAUUGUCAGCAAUUGGGAUGACAUGGAGAAAAUUUGGCACCACACCUUCUACAAUGAGCUCCGUGUGGCUCCAGAAGAGCACCCAGUUCUUCUCACAGAGGCUCCUCUCAACCCCAAGGCCAAUCGUGAAAAAAUGACUCAAAUUAUGUUUGAGACUUUUAACACUCCAGCCAUGUAUGUUGCCAUCCAGGCUGUCCUUUCCCUUUAUGCCAGUGGUCGUACAACUGGAAUUGUUCUGGACUCUGGGGAUGGUGUCAGUCACACAGUCCCCAUCUAUGAAGGCUAUGCCCUCCCACAUGCAAUCCUGCGUCUCGACCUCGCAGGGCGUGAUCUCACAGAUGCCCUCAUGAAGAUACUGACUGAGCGAGGUUACUCUUUCACCACUACUGCUGAGCGGGAAAUUGUGAGGGACAUGAAAGAGAAGCUAGCUUAUAUUGCUCUUGACUAUGAACAAGAGUUAGAAACGUCUAAGACCAGCUCAUCUGUGGAGAAGAGCUACGAGUUGCCUGAUGGGCAGGUGAUCACUAUUGGUGCUGAGCGAUUCCGCUGUCCAGAAGUCCUCUUCCAGCCAUCAAUGAUUGGAAUGGAAGCUGCUGGCAUACAUGAAACUACAUACAACUCUAUAAUGAAAUGUGAUGUCGAUAUAAGGAAGGAUCUUUAUGGAAAUAUCGUCCUCAGCGGUGGUUCCACUAUGUUCCCAGGCAUUGCUGACAGGAUGAGUAAGGAAAUUACAGCAUUGGCUCCAAGUAGCAUGAAAAUAAAGGUGGUAGCUCCACCUGAGAGAAAGUACAGUGUAUGGAUUGGAGGCUCCAUUUUGGCAUCCCUCAGCACAUUUCAGCAGAUGUGGAUAGCAAAGGCAGAGUACGAUGAAUCCGGGCCAUCAAUUGUUCACAGAAAAUGCUUCUGAUAUAGCAAUGCUAAAAGAGAGGUUGUUGAAGAGAUUUACAAAAUUUGUAGUAUGGAAAGGCUUCUGAUCAUGUGAUUGCAGAUAAUGCGCAUUUGUUUGUUAUUUAUUUAUUCGUGUUCCUUUCUCUGGUUCUUUCUUUACAAACAUUUUGAGACCAGCCGAUUAUGGCCAAAUCAAUUUUUCAUUAGCAUUAUUUUUAUAAAAGAGUUGUGUAUGAUGUGAAUGAAUUAUCAUCCCCCUAUCUGUUUGCG